AAAAAAAACAGAAACCAGGAUCCAUCUUUAGUUUUUUAAAUGAAGUUAUCAACUUUCUUUCAGGAACCGAAUGUUACUGACUUUAGGACAAUCUUCUAAAAAAAACAAAAAAAAAACUGGAGAAACAUAACAGUGUUAUCAAUCUUUUAGUCAAAGUUUCAUCGGUCUCUUUCAAAAUCCUUUACAACUGGUUACUAGGGAAUAACCAUUAAGCUAACUAGUUGAUUUGUUAUUAAACUUACGUAAUUUGCAUAAAAGUUCGUUCGGCUAAAACUGUAAAAAAAACUUUUGGCCGUCAAUAUUAUUUCAUCAAAAUCUUUGUUGUUUAAUCCUAGAGAUGGGGAAGAGAAAGCAGGUUGUUCCGCAGCGCCGUUCAGACUUAUCAACUAUUAACUUAUUACAAGCAUCUGAAUUUAAGGCAGUUGAAGAUCAGAGAGUAAUAUCAAAAGCUAAAAAAAAUAAGAAAACUUCUUGUGAGAACUAUGCAUUCCCAAAUGAAAAAACAGAGAACUUCUUCAACUUUUGUUUAAAUUCUUGCCAUUUAUUCUUAAAGCUUCAUAUUUUCUCUGAAUUACAAACAAAUCUGAAAGGAAUGAGACUAAUUCCAAUUGGCCAUUUAAAAGUGCAGCUGUUAAACUCUGAACAAAAUUUAUAUGCACAGGAAAUUGGGUUGCCCUCUUCUGAAAUCGUCUAUUGGUAUGUUAGCAAUGAGAUUGGCUGCAGUAUGUUCUAUUUCGAAGAGACUGUUGACCAAAGGGAUAGGAAGAAUGGUUUUCCUAUUAAAGCUAAUUUCAUUCAAGUCAGCUCUGAUGUACCAGAUGUUGUAUUUACUGCAUUGAAAUGCAACCUUCUAUUAAUGCAGUGCAUUACUAUAGAUUUUGAUGCAGGAAUUGCUGAUGUGUAUGCAUUGAUAAAGGAAACUGGAUUGACUAAAUUGAACUAUCCAUCGGAAACUUCUCAAAUUAAAAGAAAUUCUGUGUUUAUUAAACAAAUAAUGAAGUACUUCUAUGACAUCCAUGAAGAAACUUUUGACAGCAGCAUUGCAACCAUUAAACCAGAUAUUGAGGAACUUUUCAAUGAGAUACAUAAGAUCCAUCAGAGGAACCCACUAGAUGUCAGUGAAGAUCUCCAACCUGCAGCAUUAAAACCAUUUCUUCGGAAUUACCAGAAAAAAUCUGUGACUUGGAUGUUGAAACAAGAAACUACAAAUUAUCAAGAAAAUGCCAAUAAGUUGCAUCCUCUCUUCACUGACUUCCAGACGUUAGAUGGAAGAACCCUUUAUUACAACAAGUAUGGUGGUUUAUUGGUUGAGAAGAGACCAGUUACCAGUAUCGCUCCUUCUGGUGGAAUUCUGGCUGAUGAAAUGGGUUUAGGUAAAACAGUGGAGGUUCUCUCGUGUUUACUUCUUCAUCCAUGUCCAAAUGAACUACUCACACCUUUUCCUGAUUACUAUGAAGUUAAACAGAAUAAUGUUCAGGAAUCAGAUACUGAUGGAAGAGAACUGAAUCGAACAUUCCAGUGCAUUUGUGGAAAGUCUUAUUCAACCGAUUUUGAAUAUGAGAUCCAGUGUGUUAUGUGCAAAAUAUGGUUACACGGAGAAUGUAUUGAUUAUGAAGAAUACAUCAAUGACCGACCUUUUCUCUGUCCACAUUGUCAAGUAGCUUCAGAGCCAGUUCCUUCUGGUGCUACUCUUAUUGUUGCCCCACUGUCUAUCAGGUAUCAGUGGCUGGAAGAAAUCAAGAAACAUGUCAAAGAGAACACUUUCAAAGUUUUUGUAUACGAAGGAGUUGGGCGACAACGUUAUAUAUCCCCUUAUAAACUGGCCUCCUAUGAUAUUGUAGUCACCACAUAUGAAACUUUAUGUAAAGAACUAAACUAUGUAGAUCUACCUCACAUGAUAUCUUCAACAGGAAAGAAAUUUCGUAAACCUAAGCGGUAUAUGACUAUUCCCAGUCCGAUGGUUGCUGUCAGAUGGUGGCGGGUUUGUUUAGAUGAAGCUCAGAUGGUUGAAUGUACCACAACUAAAACAGCUGAAAUGGCUUCUCGGCUCACUGCUAUCAAUAAAUGGUGUGUGACUGGAACACCAGUACAGAAAAAUAUUGAUGAUUUACAUGGACUUUUGCUGUUUCUUGGUCUUGAUCCUUACUGGGUCCAACAGUGGUGGUGCAAGCUGCUUUAUAUUCCAUAUUUACAUGAGAAUAAGCAACCGUUGUAUGAAACUGUGGCAAGUGUUUUGUGGCGGACGGCAAAGAAAAGUGUUAUUAAUGAAAUAAAUAUUCCUACUCAGACUGAAAUAAUGCAUUGGUUGUCAUUUUCCCCCGUGGAAGAACAUUUUUAUCGCCGACAGUAUGGAGAGUGUGUAAGGGAUGCUAUGCAGCAAUUGUCCAAAUGGAAGAAUUAUUCUGUGAAGUUGAACAGUAUUGAUAGAAAAAUACUUAGCCGUCUUUUGCAUCCAUUAAUGAAAUUGCGCCAGGCAUGUUGCCAUCCACAGGCAGUUCGGGGAGAGUUCCAUUCCAUAAACAAGAAAAUGAUGACUAUGGAAGAACUAUUGCAGUCUUUGAUAAAAAAAGGAGUUACAGAAUGUGAAGAGGCUCACAGACAAGCCAUUGCAGCACGUCAUGGGCUUGCUGGAAUCUAUAUCAUCAAAGAACAGUUGAAAGAUGCCAUAGAUAAUUACCGUCAAGUACUUUGGUCUGUACGAGAACACAAGAAUACUAUACGAACUGAUGACCUGCAGCUGCUUCAUUGUUACCACAAUUUAAAUGAGGUUUUGUCCAAAAAACCAGAAGGUGUGGCCAGUGCUCUCGAUGAUGACAAACUCCAAGAAAAGGCUGCUGAAAUUCGAAAUCGUCUCACAGAGAAACACCAGAAUUUUGUGAAAGAAGCCUUUGACAAUUGGCUUUCUUCAAAACAAAAAGCGGACAAUCUUGAGAAACAGUUCAUUAAUGAAGAAUGGUGGAUGGAGAUUCUAGAUUUUGUUGUUGACCAAGACAAAAGUUCUCAGUUAUUGAACAAGAUCCAACAUGACCUCACCUCGAUUGAUCAGAAAGGAUUUUCAAUAAGUGAUCAGAUCCAUUCUAUAGAGGGACUCAAGUUUAUUGUGUCAAGACGCCUGACAGCAUUUAUAUCUGAGAGAAGCAAAAUCUUGAAAAAAUUGAAGAAGUUACAAGGAAAAAUACCUAGUCAGGGAGAAAUUGAUGAGACUGUUUCGUGUUGUAUCAGAGCUGAAAGGAAACAUCAACAGUUUAAGUGCCAAAUGUGCCUUUUGAAAAAAGACUUGGAGGAAUAUGAAUCCUGUUUGUACAGAAUUAACCAAAGUGACAUUCUUGACUUUUCUUUAAACACUGAGGAAGGUGCAUCUGUGUUGCGGCGCCGUGUUGGUAAUUGGCGGGAAGGAGAACUGGAGAUAAUGUUGAAAUGUAUAUACAGCUACCUUCCGUUUUUAUAUCACAGUAAUCCAGACCUAGACCAACAAGCUGGUCUUCAUUUGAAGUUAUUUGAAGUUUACCGCAAAGAAUUUCCUUUGAUGAGUAAAUUGGUAUUUUGGCUGCGAGAUCAAGUACGGGUAUAUGAUGAAUUAAACAUGUGUAUCACAAGGAUGAGACUACCAUACCUGGGAGAGAAAGCAACCAAUUAUUCCAUUAAUGUGGUUUAUCAGUACGAAUUGAAAGAAAGAGAAACAAGGCUGAGGUAUGAAAAGAUAUCAGCCGACAAUGAUUUAAAGAAGAGACUUGGACAACUGUUUUACUUGCAAAAUUUAGCCAAGGAUGCUAAUCCAUCUGAAGAUUCUCCUCCAACUCAAUGUUUGAUUUGUCUGGAGGUCCUGAAAGAUAAGUGGGCUGUUUUGAUUUGUGGCCAUUUCUACUGCAUUUCCUGUAUCUAUAUCAUCAUUAAACGGUCUCAAGGCUACUUGAAAUGUCCAACAUGUCGUCAAAGCACACACUUUGACGAUAUCAAUUAUGUAUCGAUGGAGAAAUCUGGAGUGUUGGAUGAUGAUGAUGGUGUCUCGAUGAAGGGUAGUUACUCAACCAAAGUGACUGCUAUUGUGCAUUGUCUUUUAAAGAUUCGACAGAAAGAUCCAUUUGCUAAAUCCCUUGUGUUUUCUACAUGGUCAAGUGUUUUAGAGAUAAUUGGUCAAGCAUUGGCCAUGAAUGGCAUUAGAUAUUCCACUUUAUCUUCAGGGAAACAGUCCCAGAACAAUCUGACAACUUUCAAAAAUAAUCCUGAAGUUACUGUUCUUCUGCUGCCAGUUCACACUGGCUGUAACGGGUUAAACUUAAUUGAAGCCAAAUAUGUUAUAUUAACUGAGCCGAUACUUAACCCAGCCCAGGAGUUGCAGGCUAUUGGAAGAGUUCACAGAAUCGGACAAACAAUGGCAACAGAAGUGCACCGAUUCCUGAUUAAGGCCACUAUCGAAGAACGUAUGAGAUUGAUGCUAGCAUCCGCAACAAAUUACCUUGUUCCUUCAGACCGCAAUGACACAAUGUUAACUAUAGGAGAUUUAUAUCAACUGUUUCGAGAUGUUUCGACAGAAGCUGUCUUGGAAGACAAUUCAUCUUCAAUUUCUGAGCCGCAGUUAGAAUCAGAUGAUGUUGACAACACUGGUCAAAGUGCAUUGUCUGAUAUGCAGCAGAGGUGUGCAGCAGCUGCUUUAUCACGCAUUACUGAGGAACAGAGAACUUUUACGAACUGGAAUCAAAGCACUAGCGAAUGUACGACGACAUUACUUCAAGACUCUGUCACUAGUAAUGUUGGGGCCGAAAGUGGGUCCUCUGAGGUACCAACAGCUGGCCAGAAUUUAAAUAUUGACACAACCUCAGACUCUCUUUCUUUAACUCAUCCUUCAACUUCCAUUCUACAAUCACAGUCUCAUUCUAUGUCAGCAGAUUCCUUACCAGGGACAUCAUUUUCACAGAUAUAGGGACCAAUUACAGUUUUUUUUUU